GCAUUCAGCAAAUAUUCGUAAACAACAAUGAUUACAUGACCCAGAAAUUAUGAGGUAGAUAAACGAUAGGUGAUAUUUUGAUAGGACAUGCCGGAUGACACGUUCGAAAGUAAAAAUGUUUGAACACUAAAGAUUUCACACUCACUUGUAGAAUUUGGCAUCUAUCAAGUAAGAUUAUAUUAUAAGAGUAAUUGGUAUAUUUUUCAAAAUGGCCCUUUCAAAACCAGCCGAAUUUUUACAAAGUUUAGUAAUGACCUAUUUGGAACGCUUGAAUUCAAGACCUAUUCAAACAAAGUCAAUUACCAGUUGUAUUAUUGCAUCACUUGGAAAUGUUACUUUACAGAACAUUGCUGGAGCUAAGAUGAUUGACCAGGAUAGUGUUGUGGCUUUUGGAUUAUUUGGUCUCUUAUUUGGUGGACCAGUACCACAUUUUUUCUAUGAGUCUUUAGAAAGCACAUUUCCUGAAAAUUCAUCAAAAAUGGUUUUUUUAAAGUUUGGUAUCGAACGUUUAUUAUUUACACCAUUUUAUCAGUUUCUUUCUUUAUAUGUGUUGUCAAGAUUUGAGGGAAAAUCACAUGAAGAUACAAUGAAGCAAAUAUAUGCGAUUUACUGGCCUAUAUUAAAAGCAAAUUGGCAGAUUGUUUCAUUAAUACAGUUCUUUAAUCUAAAAUUUGUACCUCCAAUGUUACGAGUGUUGUUCCAUAACAUGGUUGGUUUCUUUUGGACUAUGUUUUUAACAUAUAAAAAACGCACAGAUGAUUUUAGACGUGCAAAUACUGUUAAAUAAUUAAGUUUGAAAAUUAUAAAAUUAAUAAUAUGCUUAUAUUUUUUUACUAUAAAUUAAUUUAUCAUGUUGUUUUAUAUUAUAUAUUUAUAGUUAUACUAAAUUUAAACUUGGGAAAUGCUCAAAUUGGUGGGUGUUAAAUUAAGACUAGAGAUCAAUGUUUUUGGGUUCAACUUUGUAUUACAUAGUUUAUAUUUUUGUACUUGUCGAAAAAAAGUAAUUAAAGAUUGUUUUUAAAUGUUAA